CGGUGUCUCGGAGGCGGGGCUCGGCGGGCGGGGCCGGGGGCGCCGGAAAAGCUGGCGCUGGAUUAGAACUGGAGUGGCUGCCCCGGCGUCGGUUCCCGGGUCGGUGGGGGUCUGACCUGGGUCGCAGGCGGCCCCAGGGGCGGGCCGGCGGCUGCGAGGUACCUUGUUUUUCUGAAAAGAACUGACCGUGUCAGAAUGAGAGGAAGCUCUCUGCGCACACUGCCAUCUGUGAGGCCUUUGAAGACAAUAAAGUAGUAUUUGUUCUACGGCAGCUCCUUUGGAUCAAGCUAUGGUGAAAAAUGUUUCGGAAAGGCAAAAAACGACACAGUAGUAGCAGUUCCCAAAGUAGUGAAAUCAGUACUAAGAGCAAGUCUGUAGAUUCCAGCCUUGGGGGGCUUUCGCGAUCCAGCACUGUGGCCAGCCUCGAUACGGAUUCUACCAAAAGCUCAGGACAAAGCAACAACAAUUCAGAGACCUGCGCGGAAUUUCGAAUAAAAUAUGUUGGUGCCAUUGAGAAACUGAAAUUCUCUGAAGGAAAAAGUCUUGAAGGGCCUCUAGACCUGAUAAAUUAUAUAGAUGUUGCACAGCAAGACGGAAAGCUGCCUUUCGUUCCCCUGGAGGAAGAAUUUAUUAUGGGAGUUUCCAAGUAUGGUAUAAAAGUAUCAACAUCGGAUCAGUAUGAUGUCUUACAUCGGCAUGCUCUGUAUUUAAUCAUCCGGAUGGUGUGUUACGACGAUGGUCUGGGGGCAGGAAAGAGUUUGUUGGCGCUGAAGACCACAGACGCAAGCAAUGAGGAAUACAGCCUCUGGGUUUAUCAGUGCAACAGCCUGGAACAAGCACAAGCCAUCUGCAAAGUUUUAUCCACCGCUUUUGACUCUGUAUUAACAUCCGAGAAACCCUGAAUCCUGCCCUCCAGUGAAAGCUGGCUCCAUGCAGACGUGCAGUGGCUUCCGGUCUGGAGUGUUGAACUGUUGUGGAAAUAGAAAGUGAUCCCUUGCUCUAGGUUUUCUGAAGAGAUGCAAUGUAGAAAGUAUUGAUCAUUUGC